UGUAUUUGAGGCACGGAAUCGUUCGGCCAAACCCUUGCCCCUGCUCCCGAUCGUCCUGCCUGCUUCGUCGGUUCGCGAUCCUGACUGCUGCCUGGGGGGUCCUGUAAAGAGAACACUCCGACGCUCAAGUCAGAUAGAGUUUUAACCAAAACGAGUGAUUAAAAUCAGGAAAACGUACUUUACCUGACCCUUGACUUCCUAUUUAUAGAUUCUAUAUUCAUAACCGCCCAUUAAUUGCCUUAAACCGCCGCAUCUUCCGUUACUUUCCAAUCAAUACUCAUGAAUGCAUUUCUAUGCUUAUAUCCACUGACCGAUCUACACUUACACCCUCUCUCAUGACCCCAGCCGAUCGGUCAACCCGUACCCCCUCCACUACACCAGCCCCCAAGCCCCGAGCGAUGGCAAAAGCGAAGGGGUUGAACCUAUUGAAAGAACUCCUGGCAACGAAACGUCUCAGCACCUCAUCCAUUCGAUCAUUCCCUCACCAAUGGCCAAGAUCCUUUUGCCCAUCAAUCACAUCGGUUCACCGAAGAGUCACUUCUUCCCCUCCGUUAGAUCCAUCAUCAAUCGACGGCUUAGAUUCUUUCUCAAUCCUCCUUUUUCGGCUAUAAAAGGUGGAGGGGCCCUCUCCCCAUUCUCACACUCCCUUCUCCCUGUGCUCCAUUUCCCGCUCUCAAACCAUACCCUUCCCGUUCCAGCAACUUCUCAGGUAAUGUCUUCGUCGUCGUGGUCUUUUGAUGAGUUUGAAGAUGAAGGUCGGGGGUACGCUGACGAUGCGGUUGCUUCAACCUCCUCCCCUUCCUCCUCGUCGCCUCCUUCUAACCAAACCGUUCGGGAGGAAGCUCCUGACAACGAGGUUGAGUUUAAUGUAGAUAACUCCCUUGAAUAGACCGGCCUCGCCCCGCCACCCGCCAUUCCAGGUUACGACUGGGCUCCCCACGAAGCCCGAGGUUACCCGUCCUACUUCAUCUCCACCUCCUCCAUCAUACGCCUGCUAGAAUCCGUGGAUCUAAUGUCUAACCUCCGACGAGAUUCCACCGACAUAUCUUUGGUGGUAUGCCGAUCCAACGAACGAGUAUGCCACGGUCGGGAAGGAUAUGCUCUGGAUUUCUUUUACGCUUACCUCAACCUCUUUCGCGACCUAGGAGUAAGACUCCCCUUCUCAGACUUCCAAUGUGGUGUGCUUCGCGAAUUAAACAUCUGCCCGACCCAACUUCACCCGAACGGGUGGGCAUUCAUGCAAGCCUUUUCGGUCCUUUGCACUGGCUUGUUGCUGACACCCACCCCCGCCUCCUUCCUCUUCUUCUUCAAGGUCCAACCUCACCCCAACAAAAGUUGGAUUUCCUUAGUCCCUAUGAAGGACCAUCAGCUCUUUACCUCGUUCAACUCUUCUUAUAAAGACUUCAAGACUAACUUCAUAAAAAUAGCUAUACGCGAACCCGGCCGACCCAAAUACUUCUCUAAUGGCACCCCCAAAUUUCCCCUAUAUUGGACCGAACACCCCAACCAAGUUAUCUCCUGGAAAGAGUCUGAAAUGACCGAUGACGAGUUAGAAGUAAUCCGUCAAAUCGAUCAGCUACCCCGCAAGACCUCCUCUCGCAAACUCAUAGAACUCAUUGGGCCUAACACUCUACGAGCUAGGGUGUUCGGUAAGUUUUCUUGUAAUCUUCUUGAACCGACUUGUCAUUAUUAACUUGCUAAGUUUGUGCCCUCCUUGCAGAUUUCUUCGGCGGCAUGGAAAAGCAUCAAGCCUUUGCUCGUGCUUUGGCCCGCAAGAAUCAGCGCAGCGGGCAUGUCACCAUCCCCUCCUCGUCCACUGCAAUCCCUACAAGCUUCGCCCCUCCUCCACCAUUAAGUGCCUCCAAAACUGACGACUCCAAGCCGAUCGUCAUCUCCUCCGCACCGAAAACCAAAGGGAGAAAACGCUCCGCCCAAGAAAAGACCCCUUCUCCAACAAAAAGAAAAAGGAACUCCGACGCCCUGCUAACCGGUCCUCUUGACCCUAACAUCCACGUGUCCGAUCGCCUCGAAUUCAACCUGACUCCAGAAGAACGAGAGCCCUUCAAGAAGCUAACUCCUUCGAAGGCUUCCGACAUGGCCUAUGAACUGCUUUCCCGAGCCGGCAUCUGCUUGAACUACGACGUAGGAACCACCAAGCCUCUCCUGGUGUCUGAACUUGAGAUUUCCAACAAGAAAUUGGAAAAGCCCCAAGAGGAUGUCGCCCUACUCACCGAAGGCCUCGAGAAAGCGAACAAAAAGGCGGAGGACGAUCGGGCUAAGGCCGCUGCUUCCCUCCUUAAGUCCCAAAAUGAAGUGAAACGCCUCCAACAGUCAGUGGACUCCCUAAGCCUUAGUCUUCAACAAUCUUCCAAUCAAAUCAAACAGCUAACUUCGAAAAAGGCCGCCACCAUAGCCGAUCGGGAUAAAUCAUUGGUUGACUUCGCAACCCUAGAGGAUGAGCUGUGUGAGGAACGCCAGCGCGGGUUCGAGCAGGGUAUCGCCCAAUGUCAUUACUUCUUUAAGUGUCCCCUUCAACAUGAGGGUUUUCACAUUAUGAAGAUCCUGGUGGAUGGCCAGCUUGUCGAUAUCUCUCCCCAGCCCUCCACCGAAGUCGCCUCCGCCCCUGACCAGGCAGCCCCGAACGAUGCCCCGCUAGUUCCCGACACUACUGAGGACUAAUUACUUGUUUACCAUCAUGAACUGUACUUGCACCCCCUUAUUCUCAUGUUCCCCCUCGCCCUUAUUUUGAACAGGACUUGUUAUGUAUCCCUACUCUUCGCGUGCUUCUAUAUGAACAUUACAUCGCCUUUAUAUUAUGCCUACCGAUCAACGCAUCUACAUCUCGUUUCGCACUUAACAAUUAAUGUAUGUCUUUACAUUUAUACUCGACACGCUUACUAUCCGUUCAUCACCGACCGAUAGAGAAAUCACUUUUCUAACUCGCGUUUUUUAACAAAAUCGUUCUCCUUUUCCGAAGACCGAUCAGGAAAUCACUUUCCCAACCUUCGCCGAACGGCUGUCCUUAUACCUCCCGUCGAAGUCAUUACUGACUUCUUUCCCUCAACAAAGUAAGGAUAUCAUUUUCCUGAUACUCCCUACUCCACCAAGUUUACAAGGUCAUUUUCCUGACCUUUCCCGAACGGUCAUCCUUAUACCUCUCGUCGAAGUCAUUUUUGACUUGACUUCUUUCCCCCAACAAGGUAAGGAUAUCAUUUUCCUGAUAUUCCUUACUUCAAAUUUACAAGGUCAUUUUCCUGACCUUUACCGAACAGGUCAC